UAUGGUGGUGUUCAUGAUGUAAAGGUGAAUACUGCUUUUAAAAUGUAUCAAACCGUCGUUAUUUUGCUCCUGGUUCAUAUUUAGCAGCAUGCUAACUCUGUUUCUGUGAUAAGAUUGUUUCUGAUGACCAAGCAACUAAUGUUUUUACCCAACUGAGAAAAAAAAAGGAACUUUUGGCUUUGAGGUAGUUCAAGUAAAUGAUCUCAUGUGUGCAUUCACACUUCAGUAAUGAGAACACAGCUUCAAAUACACACCAGGAAAGCAGACCGAUUUGAAGUUGAACUUGAAAGCAACAAACCAAGUUAAACUCAUUUUUAUCCAGACACUGAUGAAUGGAAUGUUAACAAGCCUUUCUUAAUGAAGGAAAUACAGCUAUCUUGAAAGUAACCAGAAGAAUCUCCUGGUGUAAAAAGAGUUUGGCCUCUGAACUUGGAUUUCAGCUACAAUGUUCUCCACAUGGAUUCUGCAUAUGGUCGGAUUCGCUCUGCUGGUCAGGGUGGACAUCAGUGUCGAACAGUGUUCUCAACAUGAAGUCACGCUUGGGAAAGAAUCUGCAGUGAUGGAUUCCUUGCAGUGCCACAAUGAUUACAAGUCCUAUGUACAGUGCACAUGGGAGGUCGAUCCACAUGUUUAUCCACAGGCUACAGAAAAUAUGCCUGAAUUGUACUACUGGGACGAAAUGUCAGAUUCAGCUGAAAAAGAAACACUCUGCGUCUCGAAUAGAUCUGGUGUGCUUUUAUCCAGUGGGAAGAUCUCUCACAUGUGUCGCUAUGACACUGAAAGGUUUGAUUUAGGAGUAUGUCACGUUCUGUACUUCAAAGUACCCUGUGUAUCCCAAGCCACAACUCUCAAAGUUGCUCAGCAUGGAAAAGUUAAGCCCCCAGUUGAUUUGACAGAGACGUUGGUUGAUGGCGUAGGUCAUCUGCUGUCCUGGAAAAACCCGUAUCCUGCAUCCUCAAAUAUUGCAGGAACUCUAGUGUACCAGCUUCAGUAUCGCAGACACAUGCAUGACUGGACUAUUGUGGAUAACAUCAAUGCUUCUGAAUAUAUGAUUGACAAGAAAUCACUGUUGCCGGGUUAUGAUUAUCAAGCCAGAGUGAGGGCACGAGGUCCAAUGGGACUCUGGAGUAACUGGAGCCCCCUGGUGUCCUGGAAGACUCACAAUGAUGGAGUCUUCAACCUGCAGUGCAUGAUAGUGGGAGAUACAACUGUGACGUGCACCUGGCAAAUGAAGACAGAACAUUAUCAGUUUAUGUCUUAUCAUCUCUGGUGCAGUAGUGAUAACAACAUAUCCUCCGCUUGUUGUAAAGAUCCUCAGCUAAAGUCGGGUGGCGUUGAGCUUUCUGAGUUCAUGUGUUCUGUAAACAUCUCUGACCCUUACCAGUUAACAGUGGAGCUGAGACCAGUGCACUACACUAGGACGUUCUGGACUAUAGAACACAUUAAACUUUCACAACCUGGCCCGAUCCAUGUGAAGGAAGGCGAAGACCGUUUCAUACUAAACUGGCCUAAACCAGAUGUUUCCGACCAUAUUGCAUUCCUCUACGAGCUGGAACUCUCGCCUAAGAAUCUCUCAGAUGGCCAUCCUAUCAUGAACAACAGUUGUGAUAUUCCCUUUACACUACUAGAUCCAGCAACAGAAUACCAGGCCCGGAUCAGAUUAGUCACUGAUUCUGAAUAUUAUGAAAUUCCGCCAUCAGAAUGGUCGCAGCCGGUGAUGUUCAAAACUAAGCCAGUUUCAUCGCCCAUCAGCCCUUUUAUCUACAUUGUGCCUGCUGUGUUUCUGCCCGUGCUUUUCAUCAUAUUGUACAACAUCCUUCCAGUCUUACACAGAAAGCUCAAGCUGUGGAAAGGAUCGAUUCCUUCGCCCAUAAAGAGCAAAGUGCUGGAGGGGAUGUUGAAGAAGUCUCCCAGUCCAUGGCCAAAUCUCCAGAAUGAGAAAGAGACAACCUCCAUCUGUGUACUACUGGCUGGAGACAAUGUCAGUCUCUGCAAAAGCAGUGUCUCUUGGGAGCCGCUUUUGUCAAAGGGUGACGAUGCUGUUAAAAUGGAAAGGUCAAGUGGAUCAAACCACCUGCACACCUAUGUGGGGGAAGGCAUGUGCAAAGAUAAAUCUGGCUUGAACUUCAGCGGGCCUUAUAUUCUGUGCACCGAGGAAUCCUGCACCCAGGACAAAUUACCUGACAGCCCUACGGACAGAGAUCACACAUGCGUGUCAGAAAAGUCUGAGAGUUUUGCUCCAGUCCACGGAGGCUAUGUUGUAACUGCUCCCACCGAUAUGCCAGCAACCACAAACCCCACCCCUGUCGACAGCCCGACCAAAAAUCCUUCAGAUGAACCCCCUGCGUACACCCCCGGCCCAGAUCAGGGUUGUGUGGUCCUCCCUCAUCCAUCGGGCUACUUCACCAUGCCAUGCGUCGUCACAGGCUAGUCAGAGAAGAGAGGAUAAGUGACGAUCGCACAUUCUGGAACGUAACGAUCAAGGGCUCAAUGACUGUUAGUCUGGAGCUUUUUUUUACAGGCCCAAAGAAGGAGCCAGAGAUGGAUGACCAAGGCUAAGUGCAACAAAUGACGCACAACAAAUGUAGAUGAAAUCUUUGCUUUACAUUAAAUGUCACUUUAUAAGCAAUGUCUAGCGACCGAUGAAUGUUUUGCAUGCUCAUAACGAAACGGGGUGAAAGACUCAUUGGAGCUUUAGUAGGAUUUAUUGGAUUGAAACUGUUGUGCUGUGACAGUCUCACCAACAGAUGGCAGUGUUGCUUCAAAUGAAUGUAAGAAUUUUUUCUUCCUUUCCUUGGUACAAACCAUGGAAAGCAAACAACGCAUUAGUCGAAAAUGAAUGUUUUUGUUUGUUUCUUUCUUUCUUUCCGCAGUGCCUCACAUACUCACUGCAUUGAAUGUCUUCUUUUCUUCACAGUUUUUGCAGUCAAUUUAGCUUGACUGAUUGACAGCCAGAUUCACUAACUCUGAUUUUUAAUGUUUUCAAAGAAGUCUCUUAUUAUUUGAUUUUGAUUUAUCUUAUUAUUUUAUUAGAUCCAAUGUAAGGUAAAAUCAGUACUUUCAAUAAUUUUUUUAAUGUUUUUCUAUUUAAAAUAACUGCUUUCUAUUUGAACAUAUUUUAAAAUGUAAAUUAUUCCUUUGAUUUCAAAGCUAAAUUUUCAGCAUCUUAACUCCAGUCUUCAGUGUUACAUGAUCCUUCAGAAAUCAUUCUAAUAUGCUGAUUUGUAAUUAUAGAGGAGUAAUUAUAGUAAUUAAUACUUUUAUUUAGCAAGGAUGCUUUAAAUUGAUCAAAAGUGAUGAUAAAGACAUUUGUAAUGUCACAAAAGAUUUCUAUUUCAGGUAAAUGCUGUUCUUCUGACCUUUCUAUUUAUCAAAGAAACCUGAAAAAAAUCUACUCGGCUGUUUUCAACAUAAUAAUAAUAAAUGUUUUUUGAGCAAAUCAGAAUAUUAGAAUGAUUUCUAAAGGACCAUGUGACUGAAGUAAUGAUGCUAAAAAUUCAGCUUUGAAAUCACAAGAAUAAAUUGCAUUUUAAAAUAUAUUCAAAUAGAAAACAGUUAUUUUAAAUAGUAAAAAAUAUUUUACAUUUUUACUGUUUUUGCUGUACUUUGAAUCAAAUAAAUGCAGGCUUGGUGAGCAGAAGAGACUUCUUUAAAAAACAUUAAAAAUCUUACUGUUCAAAAACUUUUGACUGGUAGUGUACAGACACACACACACACAAAAUAAAUAAAUAAAUAAAUCACAUACUACCAGUGGCUUUGCAAACAAGUUAAGGGGGAUUUAAACUGUAAAAUAGUUUUAAACUGUAGAAAAAACUAAUGUUUGAAUUGCAAAAAAAUAAUAAUAAUAAUAUAUAUACCGUGCAUACUCUCAGGUGAACGGCAAAGAGAAACAAAAGCAAAAUGAUUUAUUAGGGAAUGGAGCGCAUUUUUGUACAUAAGUAGUGCUGUUUUGGAUUUUUACAAACUUUAUGCUUUUAAAAUGAAAGUUUGACUUACAUUGUUGUUCAAAUAUUGCAAAUGCUGUUAUUUGUCAUGUAAAACAUUAAAGCUAUUUAUGCGCUGAGCCAAAGAUGCAGUUUCAGGGUGGUCAUACGUAGACAAAACCAUAAAAAUGUCUUGCUUAUAGCUGUUUCUGGUUUAGGAGAAAGUAUUAAAAGUGUUUAUUUUUUAUGCUGGUGUGAUUGCAAACUAUCUGUACUCAAGCACAUGGUAUUAAAGAUUUAGCUAACGCUCAA